AUGGAAAUGGCUGCCGGGGUCCAGCUCUUCAAAAUGUGGGAUCACGUUGAAGAACGAUGCAAACUGGCCGUUAUCGAGAAAUUGGCCAAAUGGGAGAGUCAAUUGAUGUCGAUUAAGUUCCCAGCGUAUGGCUGCCUAUAUCCUCGCCAUUUCUUGCCGGACAAUGAGAGGAAAUCGGACGUUCCAUCAGAUAUCGAUCAAUCCGGAUCCUACUGUAUUGGUCGAUUCUGCGAUCCCGCUUGGUCUGCUGCGCCCGAAAAUGCCACAUUGGCGCCUUGGCUUUCUCUCACCGAAUUUGGAACCGCGCUUGCACAACGAGAGAUCCACCGCAUCUCACAGGAACCCCAAGGCGUCCACACCGUCAACCACCGUGGCACAGCUGCCGAACACGUCCUUUUGCUCGAGACCACCAUUGAAGUCAUGAAAGUCGUCGGCACCCACUCCGACCUCCUUCAUCAUUCCAGACCUACCCUCUGUCACACUGAUUUGCACAUGGGCAACAUUUUUGUCUCGGAAGACGACCCUUCUGAAAUCUCUGCAUUUAUUGACUGGCAAUUUAUACAGAUAGGUCCUAUGUUCUUACAGGCCCGUUGGCCCGUCUUUUUGACCCCUCCCAAAGACUACCCGGUUGGGAUCGUCAAGCCCAAGUUACCUGACGACUAUGAAGACCUGGAUGAGGAGGGAAAGAAGGAAGCAGACUACAGAUUCAAGCAGGCCAUGACAGCCAAGGCCUACGAAAUCAGAUGCCUUCUUGACAACAAAGACGCGUACGAUGCCAUGCAAGUGCCUCGCGUAUACCGGGAACUCUUCAUUCGCUGUGGGAAUACGUGGGAAGAAGGGCCUGCGCCACUGCGCGAGUGCCUGAUUGCGAUUUCCAAUAAUUGGCACGAGCUAGGUUUGCCGGGCGAAUGUCCCUACACAUUCCAGGCGGCAGAUAUCCAGAAACAUGAAAAACAAUUCGAAGAUUACAAGGAAUGGCAUCUAGCAAGAGAGUUCGCGAAGGAAUAUCUCGACACCGACGCAGAUGGCUGGAUUCCCCCGGAAAUAGAUUUCAACAGGAAGCAAGAACAAAACAAGGCGCUUUUCGCUUUGUACGUGGAGAGAGUGGCUGGCCAGAUGUCGCAAGAGAAAAUAGGCAUGAUGGGGCCAUUUCCACCUACCGAGCCUGCUCAACCUCCUUUCAACCCAAUGCUGAGGUGA